CGAAAAAUAACUCAAAUUCCCGAAACACAGGAACCAUGAUCAGCGACUCCUAAAGUGCCUUUUCAGUUCGAAAAUAUCAAUUAAAGUUCACACGACUCAAUCAGAAUAUCCCGAGAAAUGGCGACAGCUUACGUCAAGGAUGAGGAAGUUAAAGUCGCAUAAUUAUAGCGCAUUCUUGUGUUCUGAGAAGGAAAUUCGAAUUUUCAAGAAUUGUCAUGGAAGAGGAACAUUCAUCCCAGCAACCCAGCGUCCUGACGGUUCAUGGAGGAAACCCAGGAGAGUGAAGGAUGGCUAUGUUCCCCAGGAAGAAGUCCCUUUAUACGAGAGUUUGGGAAAACAAUUCUCAAAGAGUAAGAUAAAUUAUCCAGUGGGUAUGUCGGCAGAGUACGUGGCAGCACACAAGGCAAAGGCGGAUGCACAGCAAGGCAAAUGUCCAAUUCCAGGUAUGGUUGUGGUUAAUGAACCGAAAAAGAAGAAAAAGAAAAGCAAGAGCAAAACUGUUAACGCUCUCGCUGACAAUAUCGCUAAGACGGUGUCUAUAACCGAGCCAGAGCCAAACAAAUCUCAACAGAAUGCAAAAGCUACGAAAUCUCAGCCAUCAGUAUCAUUACUCAGUGACAGUAUGAAGAGGCUGAAGAAUCUCCGGAAAAAAUUGAGAGAGAUUGAGACACUCGAGGGGAAAAUCAAGAGUGGAGAAAUAAAGAAUCCAGAGAAGGAGAUGACGGAUAAAGUUGAGAGGAAAAAAGAUGUCGUGGAUGAGAUUAAAUUAUUGGAGUCAAAUCAAUAAAUCGGAUGGUUAUUAUAUAUCUUUGUACAUUGAACGUUUGGAAAGGUUCUGCGAAUUAAUUGUAUCGAUGAAAGAUUAUUUUAUUCACUGUAUAGAAGCAGAUAACGGUCCAAUGUUCAACUGUAAAUUUUUGCCAACUCAAUUUUCAAGAGAAAUGAAUAGCAAGUUUCCUACAUUUUUUAACCUUGUAAAAAAUUAAUAAUUUUGUACAUCAUGGAAAUAUGUGAAUUUAUAGGGAGAGAAAAAUAAUGGUAACGUUCAGUAGCGAGAAGUGAGAAAACGAGACAAAUCAGUUUUGACCAUUGAUCACCUUUUCAUAUAUAUCUCGAAAUCUAGGGACGAUAUUAUGGCUUUCUUUGUGUCGUGGAUUGAGUUCUAUAAUGAAUGUCAUUGAAAAAAUGUCGUCAUCACCUCGUAGAUUGCCCAAAAACUCCCCUGAAAGAUAAAUCAAUUUAUCUCGUUUUAUCACUUCACUACUGAGCUUGUGCAAGUCAAAAUUGGGAGACUGGCUGACUGCAUUGAUCUCAGAAACGGGUUGAUUUGACUCAAAAGAGGUGACGUAACUCGAGAAAAUGAGAUAAAAAAAUGUACGACCAAAAAUUUGCUGGAUAUCGCUAGAACGAGAGUUUCUCAGUUUCUCUUCGUUAUUCUAUGUAUCUAUUGCCGAUAAAUCCAUUUGAAUGAAUAAUAAUCUCUCCCUUUAGUAUAUAAUCUAAUAUAAAUGAUGAGUUUCUUGCUGCAAAUAAAUACGUAUUCUUCACAAGAAAAA